UUAGUUCGUCGAAAGUGUUGCAUCCUAUUGGAAAAAAUUCAUUCUUUGUAAAUUGAUAUAAUGGAAAAAUCGUUCAACGAAAUCACUCCUUUUCUUAGAAUUAAGCAUUCUCUGUUAUAAGGAGUUUAUGAUGUGGCGACGCCAGUCAGUUUAAUAGGCGGCUGAUGUUUCACGUCAAUCAUCGACAAAGCCUACCCGGAAGUAAAUAUGUCACGCAGGCAAGGAUAGUCUGCAGCGCUGUUCACAAGCAGCUCUCUUCAAGUUCACGUGAUAAACACAUCCAGACAUUUGGAGAGUGCAGAAGGUUCUAGCUGAGGAUGACAGGUCACGGUAUGCAGCAGCCAUGACAGACUGGGAACAAUAUUUUUCUGAUGCAUUUGCAAGGGCAACAUCAACAGGAGAUAGGGAAGAGUUACUACACGUACUGACUGAUUGCAUCAACCCAUACGAUGUUGUUAUUUACUUGACGGACCACCCCAACAUCUUCCAUGAGUUGUGCAAGGACACCUUCCUGGAUGUACUGCACAUUCUGCUGGAGUUUGGAGUGGAUGUCAACUUGGAGUGGGCUGGGUUGAGCCCUCUGCAAGUGGCUGCCGCUGCUGGGGAUGUCAAGGUGGUCAAGUUCCUCCUCUCCAAGGAUGUCAACAUGUCCAGAGAAGUAUGGCAGGAGACAUCCCCUUUCUACCUGGCGUCCCUGUAUGGACACUACGAGAUAGUGGUCCAACUCACUGAUACCUUUCCAUCUUAUGUGAAGGACCCUGUUAGCAGGAGCAGCUUGUUUUAUGCCGCUUGCAAGGGGGGUAAUCUGGCCAUUGUCCAGUUCUGGUACCUACCAGGAAUGGACCUCAACAACCCAGUGCAGCUGAUAUCUUCGUUUGAGAACUGCGAGAACAUGGUGCCACUGUUCGCAGCCUGUGAAGGUGAGCACAUGGAUGUUGCUGAGUUCCUGAUGGACAGUCAAGCCUUCAUCACAGACAAUAUCUGUCAGCGGUUCCCAGAGAUGACCUCCAGUCUUGUGAGCGGGUGUUUCCGAAAACGGAAAGAUGAGGCAUUCUCCGCUACACUGUGCCACCAGCACCUAGGGAGGGUCCACCCAUUGUGGUUCGAGCCUUACCUCACAGCGCUGACCGAAGUGGACCUGUCAGAUAACAGAUUAAAGGUCUUACCCCCUGAAAUCCCUUGGGGUAUGCCCAACAUCAAGGUCCUAAAUGUGUGUCAGAACCGACUCAGAGCUUUUACUGGACCCAACUCAGAUGAUGCCGUAUGUUUGAACCUGCAGAAUGUGAACCUGUCACACAAUGAAGUGGAGGAAGUGUGUGUGGAGUUGUUCUGUGUCGGCACGUUGACAUAUCUUGACCUGUCCAAUAACAAGCUUGAGUACCUCAUCAAACCGUCCCAUGUUCAGCCAGAGCUUCAUUGGUCCAGGAAGCCCGAACCUUCAGACUCAGAAGGACCAGAGCAAUACAUAGGCCUGCCAUGUCUCGUUCAACUGGACAUAUCACACAACAUGCUGAAGAAAGUUCCAGAAGAACUCCGCUCCUGCCGUGCCUUGACAAACCUCAAUGCCAGUGACAAUGAGCUGUAUGCUUUCAUCUCAGCCUGGAGUUGCCCAUUGCUCUACCUGAACAUGAGUGACAACUGCCUGGAGCGGUUCCCGGUCAGCGUGGAGGAGUUCUGGAGCGGAUCUCUUGUCGAGCUGCAUCUCCGCAACAAUAACCUGGAGGAACUAGGGGAGAGCAUCGUCAAACUUAGUGAGUUGCGGAGCUUGGAUGUAUCCAACAACCGAAUUGACCACCUGCCUGACCCGUCCGUGUGGGACUGUCGCUACCUAGAAACCCUGAACCUGGCCAACAACAACCUGGGGGUUGCAUACACGGAGGACGAGAAUAACAAGAACGCUUUGACAUCACCAAAGACAUUGAAGAACUACCUUCGGCGAUGGAGUGGCAUUGAUCAGCCAAGUUCUAAACAAGUGGUGUUUCCUGAAAUCCUGUCUUUUAAUCUCAAGUACCUGAUUUUGAAAAACAACAACUUGAUUUACGUUCCUGUCAGUAUCAGCCGACUGCAGAACCUGACCAAGUUGGACCUCAGCCAAAACCAGUUGAUGAAGACUCUACCACUGGAGUUGGGGCUGCUGAAGCAGUGUCGAGAUUUGUUGUUGGCCGGGAACAAGAUCACAGACCCACCCAUCCCUGCAGACCUGCUAAAUGACACAAAAACAACAGAACUCAUUGACCAUCUGAGACAGCUCCUGAGAAAAAGUGAACCUAACAACCGAUUGAAACUAGUUGUUCUUGGACCACAGGACAAAGGGAAGACAACUCUGCUCAGCCUUCUCCAGGGUACGGCUUGUCAGCAACACGGGGACAAGAUAAACACAACUGAGUGGAAACUGACUGCCAAGGGAGUCUAUCAGAUGUUGUUGCCCUCAAGUAAACCCGACAUCAAGUUCAAUGUGUGGGAGUUACCAGGCAACCCUGAUCUCAAUAUCAUCCACCAGUGCUUCCUUACCCAGAAUGCCCUGUACUUGCUGGUAUUUGACUUGCGGAAAGACUAUCAACACCUGCAGGAAUGGCUUUGUCAGAUUCAGGCUAAUGCUCACAAAGCAACUGUCAUCUUGGUUGGUACUUUCUAUGACAAAAUUGUCCCAACUGUGACAAGGGACAAGAAACUUGAGGAUCUUGCCACCAAUAUAUGCAGGGCAUAUUCCAGGUCUGCAGUGAAAGAACACUAUCCAGUUCUCAGAGAAUUCAAAACAGUGUCCUGUGCUACUAAGGAAGGAAUUGAUGAACUCAAGAAAAUAAUUUAUGAGACGGGUAUUAAAAUGGCUCACGCACAACAUAGUCAUCAGUGCUUGAUUGGCAUGAAGAUCCCGCAGUCAUAUCGCUUGUUGGUGGACUUGGUGGGCAAGAAGAGGAAACAGAUGGAGAAGAUGAAGCAGCCUCCGUAUAUCACGGAAGAAGGAUUUCAGAGUCUGGUGGAUGAACUGCCUUACAAUGACAUUCUGGCGCUGGAUGACACAAGUAAUGCUUUGAAGUACUUGCUGGAGGUUGGGGCUUUGCUUCACUUCAAUGAGCAGCUCCAAGGCCUGAACUGUCUGUACUUCCUCAAUCCGGUCUGGCUGCAAGAGCUUCUAGCACUCAUCGCCAUCGAUACAAAAAAAAUAUCGUCAACCGCAAAGAUUCCGGUAACUCAGCUGUACCAGCGGUUCAAGGAGAAGAUGUUUCCAGAUGACCUGUUUCUUCAGUACAUCCAGCUGCUGAAGCGGUCAGAGAUUGUGGUGGAGACAGAUGGUGGCAAAAACUUGCUGGUCCCAUACAAGUUACCCAAGGAGAAGCCAAUGAUCACUGCAGACAUCACCCAGAGCGUUGGCUCUCAGAAGAUCUACCGCCUGUACAAACUCACAUACAUUCCUCCCAGGCUCUGGAGCAGGUUCAUCAUCCGCUUGCUGAAAGCCACGGAGAGAUUCUCUCAGACACCUUGGUUUCUGAACACAGAGAAGGCUGCAGAAACCUCCAAAAGACUGUCCAGUGAACUAAAGCAUAGAGGCAGUAGCCGAGGAUUUGUUAUCAAGAACAAGGACAUCACCUACUGGAGAGAAGGAAUCAGGGUGGCAUCACAGGAAGCUGGCUACUUCCUCAUCGAGUCCAUUGAGUACCGGAAACCACAUUCUGAAGACCUUGGAGUUGGCAUCCUCAUCACAAUUGUUUCCCCUAGCACCCGUGGCCUGUCAGCAAUGGGUAUGAUUGUGGAUGAGCUGGAUGACAUACUGAGGGACUAUUUCCCAGGCUUCCAGGAUUUCCUGGAUGAACUUCCAAGCGUGUGUACAGUCUGUCCACAUUGUUAUGACCCAGUGAAGGAUGACGCAGGUAUUGUGGUCAGCAUGAACCAUUUUGAUGUCCAGACAUGUGCGUUGACUACUCUCAAUAAAGGAGAAAUUGUCUGUCCUCAAGGAACAGUAGUUAAAUUGGAGGAUCUAGUCCCUGAGAUGUUCUUCAAGGAACUACCAAAGAAAUUCUUCCUGGAUCAUUCCCUGAUGAACAUGAGUGAUAAGACUCUGGGAACCGGUGCAGCAGGGUCAGUGUUUUGGGGCAGGUACAAAGACACUGAUGUUGCAAUCAAGAUGUUCCACUGCAACAUCGCUGCAAAGAGCCCCGAGAGCAGUCUGGACAGUGGCUCAGCCAGCAUGUCAACCCAAGGGAGCCAGGAUGCCGGCAUCUAUGGAAAUGUGCAUACUGAGAGGAGCUCAAUAGAAGAAGCCAACAGUUUGAAGGCAUACAAGGCUUUUGCUGAGUUUCGGAAGGAAGUUGCUGUUUUGAGCAAGCUCCAACAUCCAUGCAUUGUGUCGUUUUUAGGCCUGUCCUUACAGCCUUACUUGUACAUCACCAUGGAACUGGCUAAGCUUGGCUCCCUCAGGAGUGUCCUUGACAAGGAGGUGGCACAGCUAAGCUUCAACAAGUUCCAGGAUAAAAACAAAACAUACUCUUCAGUUUUGAGUAAGGAUAUCACUUACAAGAUCAUCUAUCAGGUGGCCAAAGGCCUGGAAUAUCUCCAUCAGCACAGCAUCAGCUACCGGGACCUGAAAUCUGACAAUGUACUUGUCUGUUCCCUUGAUGUCACUGCCAGACACAAUGUCAAACUAUCUGACUAUGGCAUCUCCAAGUUUGCCACCUCACAAGGUCUCAGCGGGUUUGUGGGCACCCCAGGCUACAUGGCUCCAGAAAUCAUGAACAAACAAAUAUAUACCGAAAAGGUGGACAUCUUCUCCUUCUCCAUGCUCAUUUAUGAAGUGUUGAGUGGACGACUGCCCUAUGACGAGUAUGUCAACCUUUCACAGAUCAUGCAGGCAGUUAUCAAGGACAGGAAGAGGCCAGACUUAAAGAAUUUCAACAUCGUGUCCCAUUUCCCUUACCUGGAAUACCUUAUGGCCGAAUGCUGGAACCACGACGCCAGCCGGAGACCGUCAGCGGGGGAGAUCACUGCCUACAUGCGUCAGCAGCACUUCAUUGGACAGUGUGAGCGUCUCAGACAGGCAGGGCCGGGCGGGACAUUCACAGAUGUCACCUGCACAGCAAUCACCUCCGAGACCCGGUCUGCUGAUACAAGGACCAAGGUAUGGGUUUGGGAGGCAGGAGGGGAGGAACAAGUUCGCUGCUACUCCAUCUACAACCUGGACACAUCGAGCUUCCAUGUCGCCCGCAAGGAGUGUCCAGGGGCUGAUGUUCGCUGCAUGAUCAAAGCUGGAAGAUCAAUGUUUGUUGGAACAGAGGAAUGUGUAAUAGAACUGUUUGGCUGUGGGAGUGUUGGUGUUCCAAAGUGUCAGGAAAAGUUCUCGCUGAGUGCCAUACCAACAUCAAUGAUCUUUUUCAAAACGAGUGACAAUGAAGAAGAGAAUAUGGGUCAUGUCUUUGUUGGACUUGACAAUGGGUCUGUAGUCAUCUACUCACAUCAGCGGAACAUGAGGAAAGCAAGCAAACAAUGGAGACUGGCGAAGUCUUUGACACUAUCAGUUGACCAGUCAGUGUGUGGGAUGACUUUGGUCAGCCAGGGUAGAGAACUGUGGGUGGCCUGUGGACACAAGGUGGUCAUUGUCAGCACCCAGACACUGCUCAAAGAGGACGAGAUUGACAUCAAGCAGGAGCGUGUGUCAGGUAAACUGGGAAAGAAUCCUGUUAUUCAGCGACUAGUUUCUAAUGAAAACCAGGUCUGGUGUUCCUUCAGAAAGUCCUCAAAGAUUCUCGAAUAUGAUGCAGAACUGAGACAGCUGUUGUUUUGUCUGGAUGUGAAAGGCAGGGAUGUCAAGUGUAAAUAUUUAGCCAAUUCCAAAGACACGGAACAUGACACAGAGUCUGAUUUGGAUUCUGAUGAUGGUGAAUUUGAUGAUACUCAUUUGGCAGCGAAGACGUCCAAUUUGAGUACUUCCUGUCCAUCAGUGUCUUUAGUAGACUUGAGACCAGCUGCCCCCACACCAGGUAAACAAACAAGACCUGACCAGAAUGUGUAUGAUGAAGUGGAUCAGAAAGAGCAUGUUAAAGCUCAGCAUAGAUCCUUAGAACCACAUGAAUAUAUAACAUUGAUACCUGACGGCCAGGUAGUGGAUGAAGCCAGUGAUGAUGAAGACUCCAACCUGUAUGAAUGUGUAGAGUCACGAGGAGUAGUAACUGACAAACGAAGCGUUCCCACAUCUAAAACAACUGGAAAAGGGACACCCUUGAAGGCACCUAACAAAAUACCACCGGGACACCCAACAAGACUUACCUUGAAUUCAGGAAAAAAGGCAAUCAGUGACUCUGUUCCAGUUCGUCCACCCAGGAAUAAGAAAAGAACUACAUGGUUUUCAACAGAACCUACUGAGAGCGGUGAGACCAUUCCUCCCACUCUACCCCUUCGACCACGUAGGAUAUCAGUGCCAACAGAGGAAACCCCACCUCCCACCAGACCACCCCGACUAUCGACAAGAUCUCUACAAGAGAUCCAACCACCUGUGCCACCUCCCAGGAAUUCUAUUUCCACUGGGGACAUCAGCAACAAAGGUGAGGGAGCUGUGUAUGAUAAGGAUAGGUCAGAUAAGCCUCCAGCUCUUCCACCUCGCCGAUCGACACUGGGUAUCCCCAGUCCAUCAGAUGUGCCUAAAAGAUCAGCUUCUAAAUCCCCAGGACGAUCACCUCAGUUAGAACCAGAUUCAAAUGCAUCAUCUAACAAGCCUCCUGCCCUACCACCAAGAAGCCCAACUGUUAAGAAAGGAGGUGCCUCUUCUCCAAGCCUUCAACCACCUAACAUUGUGCUUGGUGAAACUGCACCCCAGUUAAGUGCUAAAUACAACACCAUACCAGCAAACUUCAAGUCCAGACAACCCUCUGGGACACUUGUAUCAUCUAUGCAGGUUGUGCAUGAUACACUAUGGGUGGGAACCAACAAAGGGAAGAUACUAAUUAUUGGUGUCAAUGAAAAACAACCUAAUCACCAAAGGCCAAAGCUGUCAGUACUUGAGAAUGAAUCAACUGCAAGGCUGGACGAUGGGCAGAUUGAAAGAGGCCCUGUAUUCAUGAUGACAGCAGCAGGGAAUAUGGUUGUGUCCAGUGUCAGGGUCAGUCCCAAGCCAAGGUCACUGCAGACAGAGCUGUCUGUGUGGGAGGCUAUGGGACGAAGGAGGAUAAAUGAAGUUACACAUUUUUGGAAUAGCGUGUCCAGAGAAGAGAGGGAGCUGACAAAGCAAGACAGUCUUGCUUCUUAAGGUGCCUCCUGCUUCAUUGCAUCUUCCUGAGGCAAGGGAGUCAACUGACUAUAAAAGUCCAGUUUCCACCCUUGUCGAACUAGGCUGGUAUUAUGGAGUUAUAUUUUGGCUAGACUAAGGAGUUUUUGCAUAGUCCAAUCAAAAUUGUCAACAUCCGGUUCUUAAACUACUGUGCAGAUGUCGGUCGAUUCCAAGAUUUGCAAAACAUGUGUACCGACAACUUAGCGUCAACAGAUAUUUUCCAAAUCUUUUCAUGUUUUAAAUCAAGGUGCUCAAGUGAUUUGAUGCACUUUGCGAAGUAAGACCCAUGUUAUAA